AUGAUCCUGGGCGUACUGGUCUACAGCCGCUUUGUGGGAGUGGGAGGCCUCGUGCCGGGUGCUACACCCAGCGUGGAGAUCAAGGGCGCCCCCGGCGGCGGUCCCUCCCCCCACCCUAUCGCGUUACGCGAUGUCCAAGCCCUCGUGAUGUGGGUGCUCUCCCCCGCGGGCAACCUGGUGGAGUCGCCCAGGUGGGCCUUUGUGAAGAACAAGCCGCUGGUCCAGGGGGUGGUGCUGGUGCUGGCCUCGGGCUUGAGCAGCGCCAUGAUGAAGGAAAAACAGCUGUUGCUCCUACUGUUCAUGUUGGUGUUGAUGCACCUGCUGCCGUUUCUGUCGAACCUGGGUCGACCGGCUGUCGUACACACCUCGCCGCAAGCUAAACCGGCUCACAACACAACGGAGCUCCUAAAAACCAAGUUAAGUCAACGUAACGCCAAGCGAAAGAGAUCCGCGUCGUCCCCCGCCGGUGCCGGCGCCGCCACCGGCGCAGUGGAAGGCACGGAGGACGGGGAAGGGGAGGAGGACAAGGAGGAAGCGACCGCUGGCGGGUCAGCGGCGGCGACGGCGGCGGCGGUUGCUAGCCUUGCGCCGCCAAAAGGUGCCCCGGCGGAACGGCGAGAGAAAGGCGGUCGGGCUCCGCCGCCGCCACCACCGCCGUCGUCGGAUCUUCACCCCGGCAUGAACCGCGGGGUGGCGGUGCUGUGUCGUCCGCUUGUGUUCGUGUCACCUCCACUGAACGCGUCGGGCACGCUGUAUCUGAUUUGUGUGGACACGGACAGCAAUUGCUUCGUGCUCGCCCUGACCCACAUCCACCAUGACGCCUUCCACAUGUCUCAGCUGCUCACCAUCACGCACCCGGACUUGAAACAUGUGGACACCGCCUGGCCACCACCCGCCCAACCCCCCCUGUACCGGCCUCAGCAAAAAGCGCCUUCUCCGCCGCCUCCGCCUCCUCCUCCUGCUGCUACAGCUGCUGCUGCUCCUUGUCCUGAAAUGAAGACGUUAGAAUCGGAGCCGUCAGUGGGGUGUGACCCGGGCUGCAUCAGCGCGGUGCUGGUGGACGGUGUCCCGGUUCAUAGGGCCCCUCAGACACCGCUGUUGAGGGGAGUCAUGAGGGCGGUGUGCUACCGGGGGCACAGGGGCAAGGUCCCCUGGACGGUGUUGGGGGCAACAGCUGACUGA